GGCCAGGUGUUACAAUCAAGUGGCGACCAUAAACCGCAUAAACUAUUCUCUGGCAACAUCCACCCAUCAGCUUAAAAAAAUCGGAUUCGUUGGUCUGACGUCGAAGCACGUCAAAGUAAGUAAAGCAGCGAAUUUGAAUCUAACAAAAAAUAGUUUUCAAGAAAAAGAAAAUGUUUCAAAGAUAUGUUUCUCGAAGAGAUGAAAAUGUGUUACUAAAUGUUAAAAAGAGUGUCAAGUCUCUAUAUGAUGUGUGUAUAGACAGUCUAACUCAGCAUAUGAGCCUCUGUCAGAAAAAGUGUUCGUUGAGACAACUUCAAGAUGUGGACAUUAUAGAUUCUGAAUUUAAUUCAAGUCCUUUUGAACAACUGUCACAACAAAUCUUGGCUGAAGUUGCCGAAGUUUACAAUGAAAGGUAUUUUGAAAGUAAAACAGUCUUCAUGCAGAUGCUAACGCUAACCCCACACUGUCAGACCUUGACAAUGGAAAAUUAUAAAGGAAAGCAUGUUAUAAGUUUACUUAAAUUUGCUUCUGUCAGAUGCCCGGAAUUACAAUUAUUGCGGUUUUGGAAUAAUUAUGACAUUCCAAUGAAAGAUUUAUUACCUUCAAUUUCUAAAUUUACAAAAUUGCAAGUCUUGCAUAUUGUGUCAUCUCCUAUAGAGCUGGACAGCCUUUUUAACACUCUUGGAGCUAACUGUCCAGAUUUGAGAGCGCUGCAACUAUCAGCGCAGGUGAUGAGGGGAUGUUGCGGUAAAAUGGUGUCGGAAGAUGGAAUUCAAGGUCUGUGUGUCGUUGGUAAAUGCAAGUUAAUUCAUACAUUAGUUUUUGAUGACAUCGAAGUUACAGAAGAAGUGAUCGCGAUAGCACUUGAAAAUCUACCCGUGUUAAAAAUAUUUCCCCAUCGCUUAACUGUCAGAGUUUUAGCCAACCUUCAUCGAAAAGCGCUCGGCAAAAAGUUGUUUAUUCCUACUUUUUCGUUGUCAAGCAUUGAUUUAUAUAGACAUGAUGAUUACGCGACCGCCGAAGAUUGCGUACUAGCAUUAGCCGUUUGCCCCUUUAUAACGAAAGUGACUGUCAGGUACUAUGAUCGUCGAUUGACGGACGAUGAUUUUCAGGUCUUGCACUAUUUCAAAAAUCUAAGAAACCUUCAUAUGUAUACAAGAGACUAUACCAACGAUUAUACUAGUGGUUUAGCCCCUCUACUUAAAACGGUGGGGAAUUCUUUGAUAUUCUUAAAGUUAAAGGGUUUUCACAAAUUGGAUGUCUAUGAUAUCAUCGAGUAUUGUCCCAAUCUGCGCUCUCUUUCUCUUGUACGUAAUCUCGACUAUGGCAGAACUACCGUUCUCGAUACACAUAGAGCGAAGAAGAAUAUCGUACUUAAGAAUCUCGAAAUGUUGCAUUUUAGUGAUCUAAGUCAUGUAAGUCGUGACAGUAUGCUGCCUGAAAGUCUAUCUUUACUCCUGUCAUCGCCUUCCCUACGAUAUAUUGACAUGUACCGUUGCCAAGCAGUAACUGACGAGACCCUUCUAAAAGCUGCUAACCUUCACCUAUUCCCAAACCUUGAGCAAAUCCAAUUACUACGCUGCGAUCGCGUAUCAAGAAAAGGGUUUGAGGCUAUGAUUAAAAAAUGUCAAUCCCUCAGGGAAUUUGGGUUUUUUGAUUAUUUCAAUGUUGGAUACUUUAGGGGAUGGCGAAAAACAUUUGUUAAACGCAAUUGGCAGACGGAUUUCAGUGUUGAUGAUUUCCUUGGUAUAUUUUUUGAUUACCAUGGUAACCCUAUCGUUAUAAACCAGCCAAUAGAUUUCAAUGAAUAUCAUAAGCAAAUGGUAUUACUUUCUUCUUUGCGAUAGCCCAUAAGGACAAAACAAUCGAUUCCAUGAUUAUCUGAAUAAUGAUGUUUUGAAGGAAGUAUUUUGAAUAUUUAAAAAUUUUACUGUAGUUUGAAUGGUUUGAAUAUAUAAUGUCUUCUUCUAAAAA